CCUCCAGCAGCGCCUGUGAUGACCAGAGGAACAUUGUGGGAACAGAGCUCUGAGUCCUUGACCGGAAGCAGUGAGAAGCAAUGAAGAUUAGGCUGAGAUCGAGUUACUGCCGCAGACUGACAGCGACAACAUGAAGUAUGACUGAGGGGAUCUGGGUAGGUCGGGGGUCACGGCUAGGUAUGGCUCACUGGGACCGAGGGGUGAGUGGGCGCAUUGCUCCGUCCCCGGUUCUGGGUGCAAACAGACUGAAUGAGGCAGGGGCAAAAUGGAUCAAGAGGAGCUACGCCGACCUGAAUGCUCUGACACCAAUGGAGGUGAGUCCUAGAACACAGAGACUCGGAGCCAGGGAGAUCGCAAAGACAAAGAGGAUCUACCUGGACUGUCUCCGUGUAGACUCACACAGGAUUCGCCUGCUGGCAGUGAUGGUGUUCCUGGUUUUUCUGAUAUUCGCUGUCAGCGUCACGCUGCUCUCCCUCUACUUGCAGGCCGCUUCUUACCUGAACAGGAUUCAGAAGGAAAAAAGCGAGUUACUUCUUAAUAUCAGCCGCUGGUUGGAGGACUUGGACAAGCAGCGGAAAUUAAAUUCUCUAAUUCAUGAAAACAUGACCUCAGUAACUCAGAAACACUUGUCGCAACUCAAGGUCACUCUGCCCCAACUUUUAGUCAAACAGGCUUGGAGUUCUCAGGAGAUCGAGCAGCAGGGACGGGAGUACCUGAACGAUCAGAAAAACGUCACCAACCUACAGGACAAGUUUCGGAGAUUGAUUGAGAAUUAUGUCCUAAUCCCUAUGGGGAGCCCUCUGCUGAAUAACUGCAUGAAAAUCAGCUCUGAAAUUAACCGCAUUGAUUGUCCGUUCUGUUCGGCUGGGUGGAAACUUUUUGGACAGUCCUGUUAUUUGGUUUCUUCAAACACUAUGAGAUGGCAGGAGAGUGCCCACUGGUGCCGUACUCAUGGGGGGCAUCUGGCUGUGAUUAACAGCAUGGAGGAGCAGACGUUCCUCCAGCAGAUGGUGACACAGACAUCUUGGAUUGGUCUGUCGGAUCGCUUCCUGGAGGGACGUUGGCAUUGGGUGGAUGGUACUCCCUAUGACGCAGAACCCAAAUUCUGGAAACACAACCAACCGGAUAAUUCGGACAACGAAGAUUGCGUUACUUUGUCCAGCGAUGCUGGGUGGAACGAUGACAAGUGCCGGAAAUUGUACAGAAGUGUGUGUGAGCUCAGUGCGGGAGAACUCAGCUUAUUAUUAGACUCUCCCAAUGAUUAAGAUGGCGUCAUUGCGGCAUAGCACCAGGGGAAGUCAAUCUCAACGUCUCAUUUGUCGAAAAAUGACAUUAAUAAAACGCUUGCGUAAAUGAUGGCAGCAUCAGCAGGGUGUUUAUGGGAAACUUACAGCUCUCUCUAGUUCCUCUCUCGUUAUUACAAAAGGAAGGCGAGGGACUGGAGCUAUGUUGUAAGUAGCAGGUUUUUACAUUUUGGGUUAUAAUCAUGAAUCUGGCAUAAUGCAAAAUAUUGUGCAAAGCUUAGCUUUCUGCAGAGAAAUUUGACAAACUACAACUCCCAGAAAUCUUUGCUGUGCCCAUAAUUCCGUAUUCCCUGCAAUACUGUAGAAAGUUAAACGUCUAUGAUUGACAUCCCUGAUCGGACAGAGCUUACUGUAAAUCCUGCAAAUGCUG